CAUGAAUAAAAGUUGACCUCCAAAGAAUUUAAACUUAGACCGUAAUGACGGAUGAAAUGCCGUGCUGAGGAUUCUUUUCUACACUAGACACAAGGCCCUAAAUUUUUGAGGAGGCGGCCAGUCGAUUAGAACGACUCCAGUACACAACUGGUACUUAAGUUAUUGACCCCGAAAGGAUGAAAGGUAAAGUCGACCUCGGCGGAAUUUGAACUCAGAACGUAAAGACAAACGAAAUACCGCUAAGCAUUUCGCCCGGCGUGCUGACGUUUCUGCCAGCUCGCCAUCGCCUAAUAGUGAUACAUAGGUAAAUAGAUACACACAUAUACAUGCUAAUACACACAAGCAUAUAUAGAAAUGAGAUACUUGAAAUAUGAGACAUGAAAUAUGAUAUCCCUGAAAAUCAAUACGUACAUACAUACAUGCAUCUCACUCUCUUACUCUACUUUCAUUUCCCCCAUCCUUCCGCUCCCUCAUUAUUUGCUCCUUCUCUCUUUCUCAGUCAAUCAUUCCCUCUAACAUUCACGUACUCUCAUUACUAAACUUCCGGACUUGAUCAUUUAGCAGUAUAAGAAAACCUCAGUAGGUCGUAAAUCAUUCUGCAGAAAGUUUUUCUUUGCGCAGUUCGUACUCCAAGCAGUGAAUUGUUUCUUAUUUCAUUCCCACAUUUUUUUCUUUAACACAAAAUCUUUGAAUAACAACAAAAAUGAAUCAAGAAAGAAUAAAAGCUGGUAAAGCAGCGGCACAAGUGAGACGAAGGAGAAGACCUGGCAGGGAAGGCAUUCGUAUACCGGCUCCUUUCUAUUCAGCUCCAGCGGUCUUUCCCACUGGAGCGGUAGCAGAGCAUGGUCAAAAACAGGUUGCUGACAUGAAAAAUAAGGGCGAAAAAGAAAAGAAAGAGAUGCAAUCUUUGAAUUCAAAACUUGCCGACCUCAUUGAAAAAAUACGUGUCGUAGAUGCUGAGAACAAACAUCUGAAAAGUCAAUUGGAAGUUAAGAUUGAUUUUAAUUGUGAUGAAAUGAAGAAAUUAUACGAAGAUCAACUGGAUGACUUGAAAGCGCGCCAGGUAGAAAGUGAUAAGAAACUUUCAGAAAUACAAUCCAAAAAUGAAUCGCUUGAAGAAUUAGUUGAAGAUUUGAGUGAACAAUUGUCCCAAGUGCAGAACGAGAGAGACAAACUACAAGUCGAUGUUGAUGGAUUACACGAUGAAGCUGCCAGCCUCAUUGCAGACACCGAAACAUGCAGAAGGAGAGCAGGUGAACUGGAGAAACAACUUGGUAACUGCAAGGAUAGAAGUGGCAUUCUUAACGACCAAAUGACUGAACUUAGAGCAAAAUUAGAAAACGAAACUAUUCAAAGAUUGGAGUCCGAUAAGCGUAACGAGGCACUGGAAGACGAACUUGAUUUCAAUAUCGAUCUCCAUAAAGCUGUAAUGUUGCUUUUAUUUGUUACCCUUUCUUGUUAUUCCCUUGCAGGAUAAUUGCCAUGAAGUUUUUAAUUAUUUCCUAAUUAUAAAUCCUACACUGCGAUUUUAGGCUUUCUUGAAUCAGAUUCCUUCACUUUCGCCAUCAUAAUUAAAGAAUCACUACUUCUCAAGUGAUCAGUUAAAUUUAUCUAUCAACUACAGUGUCAGUGGAUCGAACCGUGAUACAGAAUCUUCAGUUACUUAUGGAUUGAUCACUUAUCUGUUACUAGGAUACUUAUUUCUCAAUUAAACCAUUACUCAUAUCUGAAUAGCAGAAAAUUCUCAGAAAAAACUCUCCUGAGGUAAGUGUUUCGGCCACUAACAUCUUAUACAUCAAGCUGGAUAGACCACAGCCAGGUCAUGGGUGCUAUUCAGCAGACACUUUUUUGCCACUUGGCUAUCGGAGAGAGACUUUUGCAGCUAAACCUUUUGAAGAAUUUAUCUAGUUGUAACGCUUCCCCGUUGGUUCAGCUUCCAAACUUAUACUUAAAUAAGAAAUAAUGUUGGUUAUCAUUGCAGUGGUGAAACGUCAACGCUAUGACAAUCACUCCCUUAGAUUUAUUUCUCUUAGCGUAAAAUGCAAAAAUAUCACCUUCGAACGGCAUGAAUGCUGCUUUUGUUCCUUCUCGACCAGAUUCAGCCGGGACACGUCUCCGUUGAUACAGAUAUUGUCUUUAGGGCUUUGAUCUUGUUCUUUUCAGGGAACAUGAUAUAUAACAAUAUGUAGACACCAUUAACUGCUCUAAGAAGCAGUAAUAUUCAUUUCAUUGAAUUACUGUGCUGAUUUUAAUUUCCUUGCAACAAUGUUCGGAAUUUAGUAGGAGAAUGUACUUUGACACGACGAUGAAAGUGUUUAAUGUUAACAGCAUUCUAAAUAUAUACCAGUAUGUUGUGGAAGGAAUCCGACUGCCCCUCAAGUAACUAAUAAUUGGACUGACUCAUUGCCAUAAAACAAAGAACUGUGAACGAUUGACUGUUCAGGUUGGUAAGUAGUUUACUGUGAGCCGUUGAUAUAGACCACUGAAUCUCGUGUAAUAUUAAUAGUAGUGUAUCGUCCCUUGCCAGGUGAUAUUUGUUUCGAUAAAACAAUAUUUUAUCGAAAAUUUUCAGUGAAAGGAGUUCUAUGUUCAAUACCCGCUGGCAAUGUUUAAAUUGAGUCACUGUGUUGUUUUAAUUACUAUUUGUAGGAGAUCAAAGAAUAUGAGGCACUGAUAGCAAAACUAAAGAAGCAGUGCAAUCUUCAACAAGUAAAGGAAUCCGACGUUGGAAAUACAGUUGCUGCUUUAGGUGUCGAAUACGAAAACAAGUUGCAAAC